AUGCCUGAAAGGCCAUUAGCAGCCGCAAUGACUUUCAGGUUUCUGUAUGUAGGAUCCCUUUGCUUCCACAUAUGUUCGCUUCCGUUAGCCGUGUCUCAUUCAUCAACGCUCAACAUGCCUACGUAUUCAACCCGCUUCUUAAGCCGGACUCGGCCCUACGAUGUGGUUUGUCUCCGGAAACGCACGGCACGUGUCCGAGUCGGAGUGCUUGGCCCAGCUGCCGUUCGACCCCUGGAUGAUCUGUCUUGGAAGUGGAGCAAACAAGCUUAA